AUGGAGUAUUUUAUGGGGGAUUAUGCUGAAUUUUCGUCAGUGGAUAAUAUUAAUGGAAAUUCCGGUGAUUCUUCGGCUGUCACCGCAGUCGACAGCUGUAAUUCGUCGGUUUCUGGCGUUGGAGAUGGCCAAUUUAAUGGAAACGUUAGCUGCCGCAGCUUCAACGACUCUCAAUUAUCCGGCGAUGAACUCUGUGUUCCGUACGAUGAUCUAGCUGAGCUGGAAUGGCUUUCAAAUUUUGUGGAGGAAUCAUUCUCAAGCGACGAUGUCCACAACCUCCACUUUAUUCCGACACACACCGCCGCGGAGCCCACCCCAACUUCCUCCUCCGCCACCACAAUUUCAGUCUCUCCGAUCAACCAUUCACCGCCGCCGCCUAUUUUCCCCUCCGAUGUCUCCGUCCCAGGCAAAGCUCGCAGCAAGCGCUCUCGGGCAGCCCCCUGUGACUGGUCCUCCCGCCUCCUACUCCUCUCUGCCCCACCUUCCUCCCCCUCCUACACUCACUACAAUAGUAUCAACACAAACACAGACCCCAACCCCAAGGCCAUGAAAACGACGCCGACUAAGAAAAGAGAGCCCACCGAAACCCCAGGCCGGAAAUGUCUGCAUUGUGCCUCAGAGAAAACUCCACAGUGGAGAACCGGCCCAUUGGGCCCAAAAACUUUAUGCAACGCUUGCGGGGUCCGAUACAAAUCGGGUCGGCUCGUACCCGAAUACCGACCAGCCGCCAGCCCGACUUUUAUAUCCACCAAGCACUCGAAUUCCCACCGGAAAGUUGUGGAGCUCCGGCGACAAAAGGAGCUGCAGAUGCAACAGCACCAGCAGCAGCUGCUUAGUCAAACAUCAAUUUUCAACAUAUCCAACGGCUGUGAUGAUUUCCUCAUUCAUCAUCCCAGUAGUGCCAAUGGUCCUGGUUUCAAGCACGUGAUCUAG